AUGAACACUGCAUCUUCCACAUUUAUGAUUCCUAAGCGGCAAAUACUUACCAAGGACGAUUUAGACAAAUUUCAAGAAUCGCAGGCAUAUGAAGAAUAUGCUUCUUUUAUCGUGCGAUUAAAUGAUUCAGUCAAGGGAUUAAAACUGACAACUGAAUGUAUUGUUUCCCCGGCUUUAGUAAAUAUACUGGAGAUCUUGGAUACUGUAAAUACUUACUGUAAAGAAAUUCCCCCAGUAAAUAACGAAAAAAGCCGCUUUGGAAACCCUGCAUUUAGGGAUUUCUAUGAUCGAGUUACAAGUACUGCCUUUGAACUUCACGAAAAUUUAUCACUUCCUCCAGCCGCAAUACCUGAAAUAUCAAAGUACUUUACGGAAUCCUGGGGAAACAAAAAAAGAAUAGAUUAUGGUACUGGCCAUGAGGCCAAUUUCAUGACAUGGUUACUUUGCCUUGAAAAAUUGGGACUGAUAUGUCCUGACGACUAUACUGCUGUUGUGCUCAGAGUUUUUCAAAAGCGAGUCAUUAAGCAUAGUUUAAGAUAUCUCGUUUUUCGAUAUAUUGAUGUAAUGCGGAAUCUUCAAUUUAAUUACUGGCUUGAACCAGCUGGAUCACAUGGUGUAUGGGGUUUAGACGAUUAUCAUUUCCUACCUUUCUUAUUUGGUUCCUCUCAGUUAGCUGGUCACAAAUAUAUUCGCCCAAAGUCGAUUCAUGAUAAAGACAUUGUAGAUGAAUUUUCAAAGGAUUAUAUGUAUUUAGCCUGUAUAAAAUUUAUUAAUUCUGUUAAAACCGCAUCAUUACGUUGGAAUUCGCCAAUGUUGGAUGAUAUUUCUGGUGUUCGUGAAUGGAAGAAAGUUAACGAGGGAAUGCUUAAGAUGUACAAAGGUGAAGUACUCGCAAAAUUACCGAUCAUGCAACACUUCAUGUUUGGAUCUCUGAUAAGUUUUGAAGAGUUCCCAGAUUGUUGUGGUAUCAAAGUUCCCAGCGCCGUAGGAGCAAAACAAAUGAGUAUUAGGGAAGGAACUAUAAAAAGAUUACCAUUUGAUUAA